UGGACAAAGGAGGAGGACGCAGCGCUCAUCGCCCUCAUCGAGGCGAGCGGGGGCGGCAGCGAGGCUCGGUGGUGUCAGGUUGGUGUCGCGAUGGAGGGGCGCAGUGCAAAGCAGUGCCGGGAGCGCUGGCUCAACCACCUCUCCCCCGACGUGAGCAAGCAGAAGUGGACGGCGGAGGAGGAUCGUGCCAUCAUCGAGGCCGUCGCUCUGUACGGCACGCGCUGGUCCGAGCUGGUCAAGGCCUUCCCCGGCCGGACAGACAGCGCCAUCAAGAACCGGUGGAACGCGAUGCAGCGCAAGGAGAAGCGGCGCGUGGAGCGG